AUGGUAGAUGAGAUGCAGGAAGAUGAGCGACUUCCCGGCAGCACUCCUUCUGCUAAUUAUUCUCCUAGUAGUAGCAGUAGAAACACUGACGGCGGCGGCGGCGGCGGCGGCGGUGGGGAAGCAAGGAGUCAGAGCGUCAGAGCGAGCGACGUAAUCCCUAGCAGCAAAUUGCAAUCACUGGUUUCGCUUGGGAUAUGGCUGGGUGGCAUCCAUUUCAACGCCGCCUUCAUCCUCCUAUCCUUCCUCCUCCUUCCUUUCUCCAAUUUCCUUCUGAUUGUGGGAAUGCUUUUGCUGUUAAUGGUCAUCCCCAUCAACGAAUCCAGCUACUUGGGUCGCCGAUUCUGCAGGUAUAUAUGUAGACAUGCCUGUAGUUACUUCCCCAUCACUCUCCACGUCGAGGAUUUCAGUGCCUUUCGCCCUGAUCGUGCUUAUGUUUUUGGCUAUGAGCCACAUUCUGUUCUCCCAAUAGGCGUUGUUGCCCUUUCAGACCAUGUAGCUAUCCUGCCUCUACCUAAAAUCAAAGUUCUUGCUAGCACUGCUGUGUUCUAUACCCCUUUCGUGAGACAUUUAUGGACAUGGUGUGGUCUCACCCCAGCAACCAAGAAGAAUUGUACUUCCCUCUUAGCAUCGGGUAGUAGUUGCAUUAUCGUCCCUGGUGGCGUUCAAGAGGCAUUUCACAUGGAACAUGGAGCUGAGAUUGCAUUCUUGAAUAAGCGGAGAGGAUUCGUCCGGUUAGCCAUAGAGACAGGCUGCCCUUUGGUUCCUGUUUUCGCCUUUGGUCAGUCAGAUGUGUUCAAGUGGUGGAAACCCGGGGGGAAGUGGUUCUUGGAAUUUGCAAGGGCUAUUAGGUUCACCCCUAUUAUCUUCUGGGGGAGAUUUGGAUCCCCUUUACCAUUCCGCCAACCAAUGCAUGUUGUAGUAGGUCGACCCAUCGAAUUACAGAAAAAUCCGCAGCCGACUACAGAAGAGGUGGUCGAAGCUCAUGGUCAAUUUGUGGCAGCACUCAAUGAUCUAUUUGAAAGGUACAGAGAGCGGGUUGGCUGUGCUGAUCUUCAGCUGAAAAUUAUUUGA